CCGCGCUGAAACCCAGUCACUCCCAGAGCACACACACACACACACAACAGGGACACUCAUUUCACCACCUGAACCACAGCAACGACAGCAAACAUGACUUUCAACGGUUCUUGGAAAGUAGACCGCAGCGACAACUAUGAGAAGUUCAUGGAACAGAUGGGCAUCAACAUGGUCAAGCGGAAGCUGGCUGCCCACGACAACCUGAAGGUCAUCAUUGAGCAGACUGGAGACAAGUUCCACGUCAAGGAGACCAGCACCUUCAGGACGCUAGAGAUCGACUUCACUCUGGGGGUCACCUUUGAGUAUGCCCUGGCCGACGGGACAAUGCUCUCUGGCGCGUGGACCAUGGAGGGAGACCUGCUGAAGGGCGUAUUCACCAGGAAAGACAACAGCAAAGUCCUGACAACGACACGAACCAUUCAAGGGGGUGAACUUGUUCAGACCUACAACUACGAGGGUGUGGAUGCCAAGAGGAUCUUCAAGAAGGAGUAAAGCAGAGCCAGCUCACCCAGUGGUCUCUCUGACCCCGAGGAGAACACAGGACCUCGGACGCCCUGGCUCAAGGGGCACUAUGGGAGCUUGUCUAGAUGUUCAAACAUUUCAAAAAGACUGCCAUGCACACUAAAGGCUGAGAUACAGAUCAGGCCGUCUGAUCUCCUUCAUUCAGCUAUGCACUCACAACACACAGAAUGUAAAACCAUCCAUGUGCACUGCGUUUUGAUACAUGUGAAAUAAAUGUGAUUGGUUUCUAAGUGGAUGCGCAUUUUUGAUAUUAAAGGGAAUUCAUACAA